AUGGGAACAUUAGGUACAUUACUGGAUGCUGUUGCACUGAUUGAUUCUUGUGGCAUGGAAGGAGCAGUACUGGAUGCUGAUGCCGUUAAAGGCUCCUUAUUUGAGGAAGAAGUACAAACUCCAGAUCCACAAAGAAUUCCUGUAAUUGCUACUGGUACUGCUGCCAGCACGAUAACAAUAAUGACACAGAGCCAUCUCCCACCAGCAGUGCUUGUAUCUGGCAGGCAAUGCCUGGAGGGAUCAACAAGAUAUGCACUGACGGGUUCAAUUUCGGCCUCAACCAAUUGGAGAGUGUUGGUGCCAAUGCCGUCAGAUUCUUGGUGCUGUGAUUCCAUGCUCGAAUCACGUCCCUUUAUGCGAAGCAUAUCUGGUGACAGCCACGUGGGGUGCCUAUCGGUAUUACUAUUGGAUGAGCUCCUUGGGCUUGUGGUUUGUUUGCGAGAGGAGGAGGCGACUAGACUACCUUAG